GAUGAAGAUGUUAAUGAAACUGACAUUGGUCUUUGUGGUCACUCUCCUUUAUAAAGGGUGUGACUGCCAACUGGAUGUGUGUGGCAGAGCUCCUCUUAACACUAAAAUAGUGGGGGGACAGGAAUCUCAAGUCGGUGCUUGGCCAUGGCAGAUUAGUUUUCAUCUCAAAGAAUUUGGCCACAUCUGUGGUGGAUCACUCAUCAACGCUCAAUGGGUUCUGACAGCAGCUCACUGUGUCGUAAAUAAUCUUAAUCCUUCAAGUUAUUUGGUGUAUCUGGGCCGACACAGUCAGGAACUACCUAAUCCAUUUGAGGUGGCCAGGAACGUAUCUCUAAUCAUACCGCAUCCAGCCUACGACGCAAACUCUAAUGACAAUGACAUGGCUCUUCUUCAGCUCUCCGCACCUGUCAACUUCACAGCACACAUCGGUCCGGUUUGUCUGGCAGCAGACGGAAGCAUAUUCGGCAAUGGCACAGACAUGUGGUUGACAGGUUGGGGCAACAUACAGUCCGGUGUUUCUCUUCCAUCACCUCAAAACCUACAGGAAGUAGAUGUUCCCAUAGUUGGAAAUGGGAUGUGUAACUGCCUUUAUGGAGAAGGAAAGAUAACAAGCAACAUGAUUUGUGCUGGACUAAUGCAAGGUGGAAAAGAUACAUGCCAGGGGGAUUCAGGUGGUCCAAUGGUCAUCAAACAGGGCCCGGUUUGGAUUCAGUCUGGUGUUGUGAGUUUUGGACAGGGUUGUGCCUUGCCUAACUAUCCCGGUGUAUAUUCCAGAGUUUCUCAGUAUCAGAACUGGAUCACUGGCUAUGCCGGAGCAGUUGGUUUCGUCAGUGCUAUGAUCGGCCUCCCUGAUGACCAGACCAAUGUGACUUGUCCACCAAUACUGUGUGGAGGACAAAGUACCUUUUUUACAGGUGACUGGUCAAUGAUGGCAAGUCUACGCUUUUUUGGUUCACCUACAUGCACGGGAACUGUGAUCUCUCCAAAUUAUGUCCUGACCUCUGCAAGCUGCUUUAUGGGAGCCAUGAUGCCAUUUCAGUGGACGGUGACGGUUGGCUUUGUCCCAGGGGACUGUACUAACAGCAUGGAGAUUACUUAUAGCGUAGCGCAAAUCAUCAUCAGUCCAAAUUCAAACAACGACGUGGCGCUUGUGGAACUGGCUUACGCAUCACAAUUACCAUACUACAUUAAUGCUGCAAAUGUCAAUGUGUAUGGUUAUGACUUUCCACCCGGUACUGAGUGUUCAGUAGUGGGUUGGAAUGGCAUGAUGCCAGGUCUUGAGGAAUUCCAGGCCACCAUUGUACCCUGCAAUAAUCCUUAUAUCAACUCUGAGCUCAACAUCUGCACAACCCCUGUAAACGUACAGCAGGAUGAUCAAGGCAGUCCCCUGAUGUGUAAACUGGGUGAAAUGUGGGUUCAGGCUGGUGUUUUGUCCUUGGACUACAUAUUAGGCGAAAAUGUCCAAGUCUUCAGAAAGACAUCUCAAUUCACCCCCUUCAUGUAUGAAAAUGUCAACAACAUCCCAUCUGUUUGGGAUGGAGUGGAGUCAUUCUCUCCUCUUUCUCUGACCUUCGUCCUUCUGCUCUCUCUGCCAGCAAUCCUGCAGGCUUUAGUCAAGCUCUUCUGUUACAUGUUCCAGUCAAAUGAUCCUGCCAACACUGAACCCAGCGACGGUGUCGGGGUCCGUCGCAGCGCCUCCAGUCACGGUGCUGCUGCUGCCCAUUGCUGUGCGUCCAGCCCCUUGCUGGUUGACAGAGGGGGAACGCACAGCACUCUUCAGUGCGCUCUUGAGAGCCGUCGCCAGGCCGGAGCCCGCGCAGUCGUGUACAGCGAUGGAGGAAUUGGAUUGGCGCUGAUGGUGGCGCCCCACCCACUCUGUCACGCUCACUUCUUCCCGGUCUGCUGCUACUCCCAGGACCAGGUCAGUGGGCAUCCGUACAUGCCUGCCGAACAUCAGGGUAGGGAUCGCCCAAGCGUAUUUGGUGAACAGGUCGGUGAUUACCAGGAUGUUUUGAUAGCGAUCUUGCGGCCGGCCCAGUGUCAGGAAGUCCAUCGCCAUUAUGUGGAGGGGAGCUUUAGCAUGGAUGGGCACCAUCGGCUGAGACAAAUGCUGUUACCUGAUUGGCGGGCACCACGAUCUGGCACACUUCCUCGCCCAGUUUCGGGUCGCUGGCUUUCCUGCAGAGCACUCCUUCCUGUAUUUCCAGCUUCUCCCACUGUCCCAGUAGCCUUCUCCCAGUCUCCGUCUGGGCUAGUCUCUCUGAUGACGUCGGCCGUCGGCCCUGUUCCACCCACAUCUUCACCUGACACACAUCCUGAUCCUGGGCCUGUCUCUCUAUCCACCGGCGGGGGUCCCACCCCCAGUUCCCUGGCACGGCCUCCUGCUGGCCUCCUGGCGCCUCCACAGCCCCUAUCAUAUAGCCCUCCCCAUGGCUAUCUUCCUCUUGAUGCACCCGGCGCCCGGGGCUCUCCACCUCUGGCAGUCUCGAAAGGACAUCUGCGUUCGUAUGCUCUCGCCCAAGCUGAUACUGUAGUUGGUAGUCAAAGUUGGCCAGCUGGGCCACCCACCGCUGCUCAACGGCCCCCAACUUCGCCGUCUGUAGUCCUUGAACUUCUCGCUCAAGGCCCACUUCAGGGCCAGCAGUUCCAGCUUGAACGAGCUGUAAUUAGCAUUGUUCCUCUCGGCCGGGUGGAGGCUUCGGCUCGCGUAGGCAAUCACCCGCUCGAUUCCUUCCUGCCGCUGGGCCAAUACCGCCCCCAGCCCCAGAACCUCCAGGCUCCCGUCUUCUUCUGUACGAGUACGAUGGGGGCUGCCCAGGGGCUACUGCUCUCCCUGACGAUGCCCCGGCCCAGCAUGCCCUGCAAAAGUGUGCGUACCUCCGCAUACAAGCCCAUGAUCACGGCGGGUCUGCAGCCGGGUAAACUGCUCUCGCAGUCUCAGGGCAAAAGCUCUAAUGGGUUGUCGGGGGCUUUGUUUACAAUUAAAGAAUUGGGAGCGGAGGACGGCUACGGGGGUGUGGUCACCAUAUUGCUCGGUGAGGAACUGGAAUAUGGUUUGGGCGGUGGCUCGGACAGCUUCAGGGGCGGCUUACGGGCACGGCACGGGGUUGGGCUGCGGGCCCCGCGUUGUCGGUCAUUGGGCGAGCUUGGUUACUCAACUCGAGGUGGAGCCCUGCCGACUACGCCAAAUCUGUCACGCCCAGGGGCUGGCUACUAUUUGGCUAAAGCCGCGCCCCUUCUCAACUUCCACCUCGAGGAGGUCCCCAAAGCCAGCUCAAUGACCAGACAACAACGAGGACAGGGGGGCCACGGCCCAGCGAGCGACCGGGGGGGACGUCGAAGAACAGGCUCCUGCCUGGUUCCUUCUACCCGUGGCGCCCUCCUCUUCACUCCUGGAGGCAGAAUAAAGUACAAUGAGUGCAGUGACUGGGACACAAAGGACAUGAUUAAUCUGACUGGAUGGCUCUCACCUCUUCGCUGGCUACAGCUCUUGUCGAGCUUUAAUAAGGGGAUGAAGAGGGGUGUGGAAAUGCCAGGCUGCAGGGAAUAUAUAAGCUCAAACACCAAUGAUAAAGUCAGAAAGAUGAAGAUGUUAAUGAAACUGACAUUGGUCUUUGUGGUCACUCUCCUUUAUAAAGGGUGUGACUGCCAACUGGAUGUGUGUGGCAGAGCUCCUCUCAACACUAAAAUAGUGGGGGGACAGGAAUCUCAAGUCGGUGCUUGGCCAUGGCAGAUUAGUUUUCAUCUCAAAGAAGUUGGCCACAUCUGUGGUGGAUCACUCAUCAACGCUCAAUGGGUUCUGACAGCAGCUCACUGUGUCGUAAAUAAUCUUGAUCCUUCAAGUUAUUUGGUGUAUCUGGGCCGACACAGUCAGCAACUAUCUAAUCCAUUUGAGGUGGCCAGGAACGUAUCUCUAAUCAUACCGCAUCCAGCCUACGACGCAAACUCUAAUGACAAUGACAUGGCUCUUCUUCAGCUCUCCGCACCUGUCAACUUCACAGCACACAUCGGUCCGGUUUGUCUGGCAGCAGACGGAAGCAUAUUCGGCAAUGGCACAGACAUGUGGUUGACAGGUUGGGGCAACAUACAGUCCGGUGUGUCUCUUCCAUCACCUCAAAAUCUACAGGAGGUAGAUGUUCCCAUAGUUGGAAAUGGGAUGUGUAACUGCCUUUAUGGAGAAGGAAAGAUAACAAGCAACAUGAUUUGUGCUGGACUAAUGCAAGGUGGAAAAGAUACAUGCCAGGGGGAUUCAGGUGGUCCAAUGGUCAUCAAACAGGGCCCGGUUUGGAUUCAGUCUGGUGUUGUGAGUUUUGGUGAGGGUUGUGCCUUGCCUAACUACCCCGGUGUAUAUUCCAGAGUUUCUCAGUAUCAGAACUGGAUCACUGGCUAUGCCGGAGCAGUUGGUUUCGUCAGUGCUAUGAUCGGCCUCCCUGAUGACCAGACCAAUGUGACUUGUCCACCAAUACUGUGUGGAGGACAAAGUACCUUUUUUACAGGUGACUGGUCAAUGAUGGCAAGUUUACGCCUUUUUGGUGUACCUACAUGCACGGGAACUGUGAUCUCUCCAAAUUAUGUCCUGACCUCUGCAAGCUGCUUUAUGGGAGCCAUGAUGCCAUUUCAGUGGACGGUGACGGUUGGCUUUGUCCCAGGGGACUGUACUAACAGCAUGGAGAUUACUUAUAGCGUAGCGCAAAUCAUCAUCAGUCCGAAUUCAAACAACGACGUGGCGCUUGUGGAACUGGCUUCACAAUUACCAUACUACAUUAACACUGCAAAUGUCAAUGUGUAUGGUUAUGACUUUCCACCCGGUACUGAGUGUUCAGUAGUGGGUUGGAGUGCAGGAAAUGGCAUGAUGCCAGGUCUUGAGGAAUUCCAGGCCACCAUUGUACCCUGCAAUAAUCCUUAUAUCAACUCUGAGCUCAACAUCUGCACAACCCCUGUGAACGUACAGCAGGAUGAUCAAGGCAGUCCCCUGAUGUGUAAACUUGGUGAAAUGUGGGUUCAGGCUGGUGUUUUGUCCUUGGACUACAUAUUAGGAGAAAAUGUCCAAGUCUUCAGAAAGACAUCUCAAUUCACCCCCUUCAUGUAUGAAAAUGUCAACAACAUCCCAUCUGUUUUGGAUGGAGUGGAGUCAUUCUCUCCUCUUUCUCUGACCUUCGUCCUUCUGCUCUCUCUGCCAGCAAUCCUGCAGGCUUUGUAUUGAAGCUGAGCUACCUGUCACUUUAGCUCUUACUAGAGCCAAAGAAUGGCACAGUUGACAAUAAUGAUAAAUAAUGACACAAUCUAAACUAUUUGAUCAUAUAUUAGACAUUUAGCUAUUGAUUUUUUUUCAGACAAAAUCUAUAUUUUAAUAA